AAGCAACAGAGAAACGAGGGGUCAUAAUUGGUGGCAGUGAUAAAUAGAUUCCACUUGUGACUCAACCAAGACAAUGUAGGACUCUUCCUCUUUCAUCACACUCCAAUCCAACACGGAAAAUCUUAAAUCUUGAAACCCUUUUUCCCAGUAAUUUUGUUUUUCUAAUCUUGGGCACAAAACCCUAAUCUUGAACCGCUUACCCACAGCGAAAGAUUGAGUCUUUGGGAGGAAAUCUCGAGGGAUUCUUGAAAACUGAAAACAGAAAAAGAAGAAGAAAAAACCCUAUGUCGGAGGGGGAGUCUUUGCCGGACGAUCUCCGGUGCAAUCGGACGGACGGGAGGCAAUGGCGGUGCAAGCGGCGGGUAUUGGAGGGGAAGAAGCUCUGCGACAUUCACUAUAUGCAGGGGAGGCAUCGGCAGAUGAAGCAGAAGGUCCCGGACUCGCUGAAAUUCGAGCGGGCGAGGAAGAUGAAGAAGGCGCCGGAUAAGGGCCACGAAAUUGGGGUUUCCAGGCGGGAGAAGACGCUGAAAGUGGUGAGGAAAUUGAAGGCGGCGGCGAAGCGGAAGCGCUGCGUUUCCGAGGCUUUGGAUGAGGCGUUGAAGAGAAUGGAGCUGAAGCGAGGGGAUUUGCCAUUGGAGCUGAUUCGGGUGUUCUUGAAACGCCAAGUGGAGAAGAAGAAACAGAAGGAGCUCAAGAACGAGAGUGACGCAUCAGUGGAAUUAAUGCGUGAAUUGCCCAAUGCUGUAAUGGCUAUCCCCAAUUUACCUUCCAAUAACCUCAACAAUGGCGGUUUCAUCUCUGAUGUCAAAUUGGGGGCGGAUCCCUUCUCGGCUAGGCAGUUUAGGUCAAAGAACAUUGAACCUCCUCCCAUCACCACACUGCAGGCUGUGCCAUUUGCGAAGAAUCUGAAGAAAGUGAAGAGGAAGAAGUGCCACUGGUGUAGAAGAACCAACUAUAGGGUUCUCGUCAAAUGCUUGAGUUGCAAGAAGCAAUUUUUUUGCAUGGAUUGCAUUAAAGAACGGCACCUUGAGAAGCCGGAGAUUAAAGCAGCAUGCCCUGUAUGUCGUGGGAGCUGCAGCUGUAGAAUCUGCACAAAAACAAAAUCAAAGGCUAUCAACUUCAAGGAAUUUUAUAGGGACAAGAAAAGGGUUAACAAAACUCGACUGCUUUAUUAUCUUAUCCAUUCACUCCUUCCUGUGCUGGAAAAGAUUAACCAAGAACAGAGCAUUGAGUUGGAGAUAGAAGCUAACAUAUCAGGAAAAGAAAACUCGGAAGUCCAGAUACAGCAGGCUGCAGUGGGCCUCAAGAAGUUAUAUUGCUGCAGUAACUGUAAGACUUCCGUUCUGGAUUACCACAGAAGCUGCUUAAACUGCUCUUUUGUACUUUGCAUAAAUUGUUGCUCGGAGCUUCGACAAAGAUAUGAAUGUUCUAAGUCCAACGGGGCAAGCAGAGGGAAAUCUUCUGAUGUUGAUGAUGAUAAUGAGUUAACGGUGAGCAUGAAGCAGACUAGUACCUCUAGGCUAAGGUCAUCCUGGACGCAACUUGCAUCUUCAAUAUCGUUAUGUAACUGGGAACCUUCCAUUGAUGGCAGCAUAUCUUGCCCACCUACAGAAUCUGGUGGUUGCAGUGGUGGGUUUCUUCACUUGAGAUGCCUUUUCCCUUGCAAUUGGUUUAAGGAGCUGGAAAUUAGUGCCCAAGCGACAUUGUGCCACGAAAAGUAUGAAGAAACUAAAGAUGCUUCUGGGUCAUGCUCACCGUGCAAGGAAGGUGAUCAUAAAGAUUGCGGGGUAAAUAAUUUGCUUGUGGAAUUGGCUCAAAGACUAGAUACAAAUGACAACUUUCUGUAUUGCCCCACUUUGAAGGAUCUCUGGGAAGAAGACUUUGAAAACUUUCAGAAACACUGGGGAAAAGGUCAUCCUGUUAUAGUAAGAAAUGUGCUCCGGAGUUCUUCAGAAUUGUCAUGGGAUCCCGUUUUUAUGUUCUGCACUUACCUUGAGAAGAGGUCUAAGUGUCCAAAAAAUAAAGAAGCUACAAAAGCGCCAAAUUCCCUGGACUGGUGUGAGGUAGAAAUUGCCAGAAAGCAGGUCUUUAUGGGGUCAUUGCAAUGGCAGACACAUGCAGCUAUUAGGCAACAGAUGAUAAAGUUUAGAGCAUGGCUUUCUUCCCAUUUAUUUGAAGAACAGUUUCCAGUGCAUUAUUUGGAAAUCUUACGAGCUUUGCCACUUCAGGAGUAUAUGAAUCCCAAUUCUAGUCUCCUUAACCUAGCGGUGAAAUUACCAGGGGAAAUGGCAUCACCCGACUUAGGUCCUUCUAUCUAUAUCUCAUAUGGUGGGUCCGAAGAGCUGGUGCGAACUGAAUUCACAACUAACCUGUGCUACGAGUCUUAUGAUGUGGUGAACAUUUUAGCAUAUGCUACGGAUACGCCCAUAUCUAAAGAACAGCUAUGUAAAGUUAAAACUUUGAUGAAAACAUUUGGCGCUAAAGAUCAGAGGGAAUGUACAAGCAAUUCUACUGAUCAAAGAGGGAAAUCAUCUCUGCAGAGUGAAGAUACUGAAGAAUCGGGCUUGCAGGAUGUGAAUGGAGAGCACGCGCAAUUGCCUGAUGCUAUCGCGAAAGUGCCCUUCUAUUCUGCUGACUCACAUAAAGGCCAAACAUUUGGCGUUGACGACAGUAAUCUGUUAAGUGACAGUGACUGUGACUCGGGAUCUGAUUCCGAGGGCUCAAUACUCUGCUCUGAAUCAGUCGACAGAUUAACAGACUCGGACAUUGAUGAUUUCUUUCAUGAUAGCUUAGAAUCCAGCAAUACUCACGGUACAGAAAACUCUGCUACAAUUUGUGGGGCUCAGUGGGACAUUUUCCGCAGACAAGAUGUCCCAAAACUUCUGGAAUAUCUCAGGAGGCACUCUAAGGAGUUCAUCUCUGCUUGCAGCUAUUCUAAACAGCCUGCGCAUCCAAUUCUUGAUCAAGAUUUCUUCCUCGACGCAUAUCAUAAACUAAAGCUUAAAGAGGAAUUCGAUGUUCAACCAUGGACGUUCGACCAACAUCCUGGCGAAGCUGUGAUCAUCCCCGCUGGAUGUCCAUAUCAAAUUAGACAACUUAAGUCAUGUGUGAACAUUGUUUUGAACUUUCUGUCACCUGAAAACGCGGCUGAGUGCAUCCAUUUGAGCGAUGAAAUUCGACUCCUUCCUGCACACCACAAAGCCCGAAGAAAACUGAUGGAGGUCAAGAAAAUGGCUGUAUGUGGGAUUCGAGAUGCAGUUGGAGAAAUUCAUGACAUAACUACAAAAUUGCCCUCUUGAACCGUUCUGAUAACCCAAAACGUCCGUCUUUCCUGAAGAACCCAGACUUCUAUCGCGCCAUUUGCCAAAGGGUCUGCACCUGUGUUGAAAAAUCACAAAAGCUCUUUAUAUUCCCGUGUGCACGAAAAAAUGGCGUUCCCGGGCUGAUUGAUUCAUGUAAUUGGUUUCUUCUUCUUCAUCAUCAUCAUCUCUGUGAAUGGCUGUGUCUUGGUGGUGAUCAUGCAAGGUAAAACUGAAAAAAUAUGAUGGCAGUAAAUUUGUAGUGAUUCUGCAUUUGGUUGUUGUGGGGUUCACUGAAAUCAUUGUUUUGGACAGGCAAAUAUAAUUGACAACAAUUUUUGUGUAAUAGCAACGAUGGAACAACCUUAUACUUCCCCCAACUUUACUUGUUUCUUUCAUGUGUAAAUUGUUUGCUGUAAAUAACAUUUCGUUUUAAGUUAAUGUUUGACAGUCUUAUAGCUAAUACAUUUAUACAUGCUUUUAAAUGAGUUAA